GAUGACGACGUCAUCCGGGUGAGUUCAACAAGCUGCAAAACAAGGAAGCAAACCUCACUCCGGUAAAAGUAAAUGCCUCCCUUAUAGCACAGGAUGUCUGCUGUAAGCGUGGAGGAGAGGACGGUGGAGGUGUUGGAGCUCCCUGGAGGAGUGGAUGAGGAGCUGCUCUACCUUUACUUUGAGAACAAGCGUCGCUCUGGAGGAGGUCCGCUGGAGUCAGUGGAGAUCAAGCAGGACCGAGUGGUGCUGGUGUUCGAAGAGGCAGAAGCUGCAGCCAGGGUGCUGUCGAAGGGGCAUCAUGUGGUGCAUAACUCAGAGCUGAGCGUGAGAAAGCCUCCAUCCAAGGACCCAUGUCGGCUUCUGCUGCGGGGAAUCAGCCCCUACACCAGCGUAGAGAUGGUGGAGCUCUACGUGGAAAACAUGAUGGAUCUGAACGACACGGAUUACACCCUGAUGCCGUCACCAGAGGGCGGCUUCUUCCUCAUCCACCUCAACCAGCCUUUAUCCAAAGAUUUCCAGACGCUGAGCGCAAGAAUCUCCAAAAGGAAGCUGGACGGGUCCGAAGUAACUCUGGAACAGAUUGUCCAAACAGACUCUGUUUUGGUGGAGAACCUGCAUCCCGGCACCACAGCAGAGCUGCUAACGCUGUACUUUGAGGGCGAGCGGGGCGGGAGCCAGAAGGUGAAGGAGGUCACUGUUCUCACAGAGGGAACAGCCAAGGUCACCUUUACACAUUACGAGUCUGUUGACUCUGUUCUGGGUCGUCCUCAUAAAGUGAACGACACCGAAGUCGUGGUGAAAGCCUACUUUGACUUUCUUCAACCUGCGACGCCAGAUUCUGAAAUCGAAAGCCAGGAUGUGACUGAAAGCAUCUCUGAGGAGCUGAACAACGUGGAGAUGCAGGCCAAUCGGCUGCCUGAGGAGGCGGAGCAGUCAGACAGCAGCCGGUCGUCCUUUCGGACGGCCUCAGAGCAACCCGGCGCCAGCGCGUCGGUGGAGGCGGUCAUGGAGGAUCAAAUGGAGGAGGUGGAAACGCUAUCCCACCACAUCCCCAUCCCAGAGCCGGUGAAACAUGCUCUGUAUCAAAGGAGCAGCAUUCAACAGGAUGUGGAGGAGGCGCAUCCUAGUCUGAGUAUCCAGCUGAAGGCUGACGGCGUUUAUAUCGCAGGAGCCAACAGCCUGGAACUGGAGCAGAUCAAACGGACAAUUUCCAGCUUUAUGGGGAGGAUAGCAGAGAUUCAUUACACCGUGGACCUGGAAACGGCUCAGUUCCUCCAGAGAGAAGACGUUAGGGAACAUUUGCUGCAAACUGUGAGUCAGAUGGGUUUGAACGCAAUAUACUCCGUGUCGGAUUCAACCGCAUCUGUAGCUUCCACGACCCAAAGCUCCGCCGAGCAGGCGGCGAGCUUUUUAAAAACCCAGGUGUGUCCGUUCAGUGUGCCUCUGGAGCCGGAGCAGGAGGCCCUGCUGUGCUGCAGAGAAUGGACGCAGUUCCUGCAGGAUCUGGGCCUCACCGCUGCCAAGGUGUCGGAGAGCGCUGGGAACCUGGACGUCCUGACGCUGAACGGUAUGGAGCAGGAGAAGAAGGCCGCCAUCUUGCACUUUCUGUCCACACCCAUCCAGAGGGAGUCGGUCCUCUCCAUGGAGCCUGGCACGCUGAAGUACAUCCAGAUCCACUGCCAUCAGCUGCUGGCCGAAAUGGACCAGGUGUCCAUUUUCCCGCUAGAGGCUGAAGAUACCUGCGGCUUGAAGAUCCACGGUCAAGCAGUGGCGUGCCAAAUGGCGGAGGAGGUCCUGGAAGGCGUGCUGUCCUCCAUCUGCACCAGAAUCAUCACAGUCAACGUCCCGGGAGUGGCUCGCUUCCUAGACGAAAAGGAAUGCAGGAGCAUCCUGAAGGAAAUGGAGACCAAGUUUCAGGUGUACAUCAGCCUGAAGUACGUUCCCUGGAAGCCCUUAGAGCAACAGGACAUCUUUGAUUGUGCGUGGAAGAUGCUGUCUCAGAAAAACCUCCAGAGAGGGGGGGAUCAAAAGCAGGACGACUGGGUGCUCACUCCAGACGAGCUCUUUGAUACAGAUAACGUAGAUCUAUACACGGCAGAGGAGCCAGGCGAGCUGACGGAUCAGGACUCCGAGGCGACAGACCUCCGAGCUUCGCAGCCCGUAGCGGAUCAAGCGAAGUCUGAGGACGCUCUGGAAAUCAGCAGCCUGGGGGAAGAGGCCCAGCUGUCUUUAGCCAUCCAGUACUCCAUGGAGUCCAGCCACUGGUCCCUGGGGGAUGAAGAGGAGCAGCUGAAAAAAGCCCUAGAGCUGUCCAAGAAGCUGAUCCAAGAGGAGCGCGCGGCCAGCACUUCAGACAACAAGCGGCAGAAGGAAAGCGUUGACCUGUCCUUUGAGAACAUGUUAAAGGCUGCCAACACCGUCCAGCUCCACGUGUUUGCAGGAUAUAACUGCGACCUGAUUCGGUCGGACAUCGCUUUCAAUAAGAAGGUGACCCAGAGACAGGCCGAGGAGAAGGUGGAGCACAGGAGCAUCAAAAACAUGUCCGACUACCACAGGAAAUGCUUGGAGAUGAUCAAGCGGAAGCACGCGGUGGACGUUCAGGUUCAGGGAACCAUCAUCGGCGUCUCGGGGUUUAAGGACUACGUGAGCGCAGCCAUUAGCGACGUGAAGCUGCUGGUGGAGAACAUCGUGAACUCUAUAUCAGACAAUGAGAUCCUGAAGACUGUUCAGUGGGUGCAUCACAACGCGGGGACCUCCGAGGCCAAACCGUACUCCAAUGAGGUCGUGGUGUUCAUCGAGAACGCCUGGAGGAUGAAGCUUAAGAAAGUAGACAUCUUGUUGGACAACCAACCCCACAUUAUCAACUUGGAGAAGAUGCAGGAAUAUAACGUCGCUUCGGGGAGAUCGGUGAAGAUCUCCAGGAAGCUGCUUGACUUGGGGGAUGUGACCCAGGAUGUACCAGAGGAGGAAUAUUCUCUGCUCCUACACCUGCCUGAUGCAACCAAGAUCGACGAGGACUCUGAGGAGUUUCAGGAGGUGAUCAAGAACUUCUACAGCACCAUACAGGAGUACCACAGCAAGAUCCGAAUCAUUCAGGUGGAAAAACUCAUGAACAGGCUGCUGUACAACCAGUACAAGCUGAAGAAGGCGAGCGUGCUGCAGCACUCCGCCCAGCAGGUAGUGGAACGGACUCUUUACCACGGGACGAGCGAAGCCAGCGUGAAGGAGAUCUGUAUUCACGGCUUCAACAGAAGCUUCUGUGGGAAGAACGCCACGGUGUACGGCCAGGGGGUUUAUUUCGCAGUCAACUCCGCCUUGUCCGUCCAGGAUCAGUAUUCCCCUCCGAACGCGGACGGAUACAAGUUCAUUUUCGUUUCCAAGGUUCUAACGGGGGAUUUCACUAAAGGCUGCCACUCGAUGAAGACGGCGCCGCUGAAAGAGACCGGAGACAUCCCCCUUAGAUACGACAGCGUGACGGAUGACAUUACAAAGCCCAGCAUGUUCGUCAUCUUCAACGACACACAAGCUUUCCCCGAAUAUCUCAUCACCUGUCAGCGAAUCAGUCGCUGAAACCUCCUUUUUUUACGUUACGAAGAGACUCCUGAUGUUUUUUUUAUGUUUAUCAUGAUUUAA